CGCUGCAGAGGCUGUGCCAUGGAGCACUGGCUGCCAAGGUGUUUUGGCUGUCCCUCACUGCUGGGUGUGUCUGUUCUCUGCUCUCUCAGAGUCCUGGGGGCUUGGAGUGACAGUGCCUGAGGUGUUCCACACUCUGGCUAGUGUUUGCCCCAGCUCUUGGAGCAAGUGAGCACUGGAGAAGGGGAAGAUGCCUCAGAGGAGCUCCUGAAAUAGAGCUGUGAACUCUGCAGCAAGCACUCGUUGAUGCUUCUCUCUCUCUCUGUGUUGUUGCAGGCAAAGGACAGUGAUGAUGAUGAUGAAGUCACCGUCAGUGUGGACCGGGAUCGUUUCAUGGAUGAGUUCUUUGAGCAGGUGGAAGAAAUUCGAGGCUUUAUUGAUAAAAUUUCGGAGAAUGUGGAAGAAGUGAAAAGGAAGCACAGCGCCAUUCUCGCUUCACCCAACCCUGAUGAAAAAACGAAAGAGGAGCUGGAGGAGCUGAUGUCUGACAUCAAGAAGACGGCGAACAAAGUGCGCUCCAAACUAAAGAGCAUCGAGCAGAGCAUUGAACAAGAGGAAGGACUGAACAGGUCAUCGGCUGACCUGCGGAUAAGGAAAACCCAGCAUUCCACGCUGUCCCGCAAGUUCGUGGAGGUGAUGUCGGAGUACAAUGCCACGCAGACCGACUACCGGGAGCGCUGCAAGGGCAGGAUCCAGAGGCAGCUGGAGAUCACUGGCAGGACCACCACCAGUGAGGAGCUGGAGGACAUGCUGGAGAGUGGCAACCCGGCCAUCUUCUCCUCUGGGAUCAUCAUGGAUUCAAACAUCACCAAGCAGGCACUGAAUGAGAUUGAGACACGGCACAGUGAGAUCAUAAAACUGGAGAACAGCAUCCGAGAGCUGCACGACAUGUUCAUGGACAUGGCCAUGCUGGUGGAGAGCCAGGGAGAAAUGAUUGACCGCAUCGAGUACAACGUGGAGCACUCGGUGGAUUACGUGGAGCGGGCUGUGUCCGACACCAAGAAAGCGGUGAAGUACCAGAGCAAAGCCAGACGGAAGAAGAUCAUGAUCAUAAUCUGCUGUGUGAUCCUGGGCAUCGUCAUCGCCUCCACCUUCGGUGGCAUUUUCGGCUAGACUCACCCCACAGGACUGUUUGUGUGCGAUGGAUGGAGCCGCGCGUGCCAUGGGGCUGCAGCCACACCGGAGCAACCCACGCAGCCCCGGAGCCUCCCAGC